AUGAUCACUCACAUCGUCCAAUUUCAGUUCAAAGCCUCUCUCGCCCCCGAAAAGGUCCAGGAGACAUGCGCUCAUCUCGUUUCCCUGAAAGACAAGUGUCUACAUCCUACCACUGAGCAGCCAUACAUCAAGUCAUUCAAGGCGGGAAAGCAGGAUUCGCCGGAGGGUAACCAUAAUGGAAUCACCCAUGUCUUCGUCAUGGAGUUUGAGUCCGAUCAGGACAGAGAGUAUUAUCUCACCAAAGACCCUGCGCAUCUAGGCUUCAUCAAGACCCUGGACGGUCUGAUCGAAAAGUCCCAGGUGGUCGACUUCACUGAAGGGGUCUUCUAA